UCUCUCUUUAUUUUCGUCGGUUCGAUUCACUUGUGUUCUGUUCUGUUGUUGUUGUUUCAUUUCGCCACCGUUACUGUCACCGGAGCUCGAUCCUUCUUCUUCAAGAGUUAAGAUCGUGAUGCUUGAUGGAGUUCUAGAUGUCCCGGAGAUGACUUUUUAGUUCCAAAUCUCGAAACUUUUUUAAGUGCCUUUUUUGAUUGAUUGGAGAAAUGAGAAAGCAUAGUAUAAGAGACUCCUUGAAAUCUUUCUUUGAGCCUCAUCUUCAUCCUGACAAUGGUGAAUUGCUCAAAGGAACUAAAACUGAGAUGGAUGAAAAGGUGAAGAAAAUAUUGGGAAUUGUUGAGAGUGGAGAUAUUGAGGAAGAUGAAUCCAAAAGAGUUGUGGUUACAGAGUUAGUGAAGGAAUUCUACAAAGAGUAUGAAUCUUUGUAUCGCCAAUACGAUGAUUUAACUGGUGAGAUCAGGAAAAAAGUCCAUGGCAAAGGAGAGAACGAGAGCUCUUCUUCUUCGAGCUCAGACUCGGAUUCAGACGAGAAGAGCAAGAGAAACGGGCAGGCUGAGAAUGACAUAGAGUUGGUAAAGAAACAGAUUGAAGAUGCAAAUCUUGAAAUUGCUGAUCUGAAAAGGAAGUUAGCAACAACCGAUGCAGACAAAGAAGCUGCAGAAUCAGAGCACCAAGAGAUUGUGAACAAGUUGAAGGAAUCAGAAGAGAUCUGUGGUAAUUUGAGACUUGAAGCUGAGAAGUUAGCGAGUGAAAACAAAGAACUAAAGCAGAAACUGGAAGUUGCUGGUGAGACGGAAUCUGAGCUUAAUCAGAAGCUAGAAGAUGUGAAGAAGGAGAGAGAUGCAUUGGAAGCAGAGCUUGAGAACAAGUCUCAAGAAGUUUCUGAGUAUGUGAAUCAGAUUACGAAUCUAAAAGGUGAGAUGGCAAACAAGGCCAAAGAUCACGAGAAUACACUAGAAGAAAACAACCGUCUACAAGCGCAAAAGAACGAAACAGAAGCAGAACUCGAGAGAGAGAAGCAAGAGAAGCCAGCGUUACUGAAUCAGAUCAAUGAUGUGCAGAAAGCUUUGUUAGAGCAAGAAGCUGCCUACAAUACGCUGAGCCAAGAACAUAAACAGAUCAACGGUUUGUUUGAAGAACGAGAAGCAACAAUCAAGAAGCUAACAGAUGACUACGACCAAGCCCGAGAGAUGUUGGAAGAGUACAUGUCAAAGAUGGAGGAGACAGAGAGGAGAAUGCAAGAGACUGGUAAAGAUGUUGCAUCGAGGGAAUCUGUGAUUGUUGAUCUCGAAGAAACGGUAGAAAGUCUACGUAAUGAAGUAGAGAUGAAAGGAGAGGAGAUAGAGAGCUUAAUGGAGAAGAUGAGUAACAUCGAGGUCAAACUCAGGUUGUCUAACCAGAAACUGAGAGUAACCGAACAAGUGUUAACUGAGAAAGAAGGAGAGUUGAAGAGAAUAGAAGCUAAGCAUUUAGAGGAACAAGCUUUGCUUGAGGAGAAGAUCGCAAUGACACAUGAAACAUAUCGAGGUAUGAUCAAAGAGAUAUCAGAAAGAGUGAAUUCAACAAUACUAGACCGGUUCCAAUCCAUGUCUGAAAAACUUGAGGAGAAUCACAAAAGCUUUGAGGAUACAGUGGUUGAAGCGACGAAGAUGCUUUUGACGGCAAAGAAAUGUGUGGUAGAGAUGAAGGAGAAUAAAGAGGAGAUGAGGAAGGAGAAAGAAGAGGUGGAGAGGAAGCUUGAAGGUCAAGUAAGAGAAGAGGAAAGAGAGAAGGAGAAGUUGAAGGAGACAUUGUUGGGAGUAGGAGAAGAGAAGAGAGAAGCGAUAAGACAGUUAUGUAUAUGGAGCGAACACCAUAGAGAUCGUUGUGAGUAUGUUGAAGAGGUUUUGUCGAAAAUGGUUGUGGCAAGAGGACAAAGACGGUCACAACGAGCUUAAAGUGACUUUGCUCUCUUCUCAAAAUUGUAAGUUAGAGCUUAGCUGUGUUUAUUUCUCAUUUAUGUCUUCUUCUGAUUGAUGUUUGUUUUUCUUUAAUAAUUUGUUUGUGCUAUCUAAGUCGAAAUUGUUUUGUUGGAGUGACGUGUGAUGAUUGUUUUGUAGUUGUAAGAUCAUAAAGAUUGAUUUGGAUGGUUGGUGUCUUGGUGAGGUUUGUAUAGACUCAUUUGUCGUUAUAAUGUUUCUCUUGUUGAAAAGGAAAGAAGAAGAAAAAGCAACACUA